AAAAUAAGUCCUACCCUUUUCUUUAUUCUUAUAAUAAUAGAGGCUUUUAGGCUUAAGAUUCAAUCCUUAAUGUUAUUUCAUUUGGCAUACGAAAUCAUUGCACUGUUGUCUCCAACUUCCCUUUUCUUCACAAGAUUGUCUUUAUCUAUUCACACUUGAGCUAUUCCCAUAUUUCCAGCUUCUGCAUGAAGGUAAGAGUUUUUGGCAAUAUCUUUGAUCGUUUUUCUUCGAUUGAAUCUUUUACUCUUCGUAUGCCGUUGGUUUUACCUGCAAUUGCUGGCCUUUUCUUGAUUUUCAAGUAUUCCUUUUUUCUUUUUUUCUUUCGUUUCCUGCUCUCGCCUGUGUUAACGUUUGCUCUGCAGUGAAGAAAGUAAAUAGUGAAGUGGUUGGCGGUUGAACAGGGAAGGGCGGAGGAAGGUUGAGCUUGUGGGAGGGAGUAGACAAUGGCAUCGGCUUCUUGUGCCAGGAGUCCAUUGCCCAUGAAAGAAGCAUCCUCUAAUUAUUCUCCUUACCCUCAACCUCUUGCAAAAUAUGACGAUGUUGCAGCCAGUCCUAAGCUCUUCGCGGAUACUUUGGAGAAACUUCAUGCUUCCAUGGGGACUAAGUUCAUGAUUCCCAUCAUUGGAGGUAAAGAGCUAGAUUUGCAUCGACUUUUCGUGGAGGUAACUUCUCGUGGGGGUAUUGAAAGGAUUAUUAGGGAGAGAAGAUGGAAAGAAGUGACUGCUGUUUUCAACUUUCCUUCAACGGCUACAAAUGCGUCUUUUGUGCUGCGAAAGUACUAUGUUUCAUUACUUCACCACUAUGAGCAAAUAUAUUUCUUUAAGGCUCGGGGAUGGGUCCCUAUGUCUAAUGAUUGUUUGAUGAGCCCACCCAGAACUCCAGUUCCAGCAUCAAGAACAGAAUCCUUGCAGGCAACACCAGAAAAUCAAGCAGAAAAAAGAAUAAAUACUGCAGAAUUGGCAGGAGCAACAGCAGCUUCAACUGUGGUAGGGGUCAUUGAUGGGAAAUUCGAAAGUGGGUACCUUGUUACUGUCACAAUAGGUUCAAAGAAGCUUAAAGGUGUCCUUUAUCAUGCACCACAGAACACCGUGCAGAAAUUGCCACAGAACUAUGGUGUCUUUGCUAGCAAAAAUGACAGUGCUUCUGCUAUACCGGGAACCCAUCGACGCCGCCGCAGGAAGAAAUCUGAAAUAAAAAGGAGGGACCCAGCGCAUCCAAAACCUAACAGAAGCGGCUAUAAUUUCUUCUUUGCAGAGCAGCACGCAAGACUGAAACCACUGCAUCCAGGGAAGGACAGAGAGAUUAGUAGAAUGAUUGGUGAACUGUGGAACAAGUUAAAAGAGUCUGAAAAGGCUGUUUAUCAGGAGAAAGCUUUUAAAGAUAAAGAAAGAUAUAGAUCAGAAAUGGAGGAAUACAAGGAGAGAUUAAGGACUGGUCAAGUCAUCAGUGAUGCAGUGCCACUGCAACAGCGGCUUCCUGGACAGGAUGUGGUAAAUACAGUGGAUGAAGAUGCGGAGAUUGAAGAUAAUGAGGAAGGGGAGUCUCCUCAUACACCUGACAAUGCGAGCUCAGAUAAUUGAUUCUGAAUAUGAUAAAGCGGGAUAUAUCUCUAGAAGUAAGAGUAGGUGCUGAAGCUAGUAAUGUGCAUAAGGAGACCUUGCCUGAGGAGAGAGGAUUUUGAACUACAGAAGAUGUUGAAGAUGAUAACUUUGAGAAGGUUGGUGAAGAAAUCGUUGGAUUCUGAGGCUUAAAAAGAAACAGAGUACCGAGUGAAGAACAUUGAAGUAGUUCCACGCAAGUUAUUAAUGACUUUUGGUAUCUAAGUGGGAAAAAACUUAGGCUAUACAUUUUAUCAGAGACUACUGCUACCUAACAAAGAUUGAAGUCUUUUUUCUACCCAAAAUAGGUUUGUGUUUCUUUAUCCAGUCGGCUUUUCCUUAACCGUAGAUGAAUUCAGAAACACUGUGUUAGUUCCUUCUAUCUGUAAAUUGUGUCAACUCAGUUACUUUCGGAUAGAGAGAGUUUUGAGGCUUUGGCAGACUACACGGUACACAGGCAGUUUUGUAGCAAAUGAGAAUUUUGAUGCAGUUCUUGAGCUAAGUAUUUGGUUUGUCUUCUAGUUCUGAUACUCGAUGCCUUCUAGGAGGCAUAUACAUCAUUAGUAUAUUACAGCACUGUCUGAUCGAGGUUGGGGUAUGUAAAACGGCAGAUGUAUGUUACAGACCAUUUGUUCGUUUUCUGUUUAUGUUAUUGAACGGCCUGUCGGGCUGUCCUUUAGAAGUUCUGAACCGUUGAUAGGAUUAAAGAUAGACUUUUCCUUUCAAAUGGCGUGUGUGUGUGUGUGUACAUAACUUGUUUAAGGAGUAAGUUGUAAUUUACUACCUUGUUGAAAUUCAACUUCUAAGUUCAAUGAAACAUGGAUGACGUGACAUGA